AUGACGGAUGAAUGGGGCAGCUUGAAAGACAGACGAGAUAUUGGCAUCACCAUGUUUACCCUCCUAUUAGCGGUGGUAGUCAUGCAACUUAACAGCACCAUGAAACAGCGAUAUCACGACACUCGGUUUUGGGCACUGGAGUUGCGUGUUGCGACAUUUGAUGUCUCUCAGAACAGCGAUUCAGAUCGCUGUGGCUGUGAGCAAGGGUUUCCCCUGAACCUCCUGAAAACCACUGAAUCCAAGGUUUCCGUUAUUCCAGUGGAAACCGAUGAUCUGAAACUGAUCCAUCAGAUGCUCAAAGUAGUUGAAAACCUUGGCGUGAGCUAUGUAAGAAGUAGUGAAAUGUACAAAACUAAGCUGGGGGCUGAGCUCCGGAAACUUAAGUUUCCCUANNAGGCUUUGGCUGAGGAUGAUUAUGAGGCAAGAAGAAAAGACCAUAUCUCUCAUUUCAUACUACGCCUUGCUUACUGUCAGUCUGAGGAUCUCAGGCGUUGGUUUCUUCAACAAGAAAUGGAUCUCUUGCGAUACCGCUUCAAUGAACUGACUGACAGUUUAAGGCAGAAAUUCCUGGAACACGUUAACUUAUCUUUUGAAGCUAUCAGUGAAGACCUGAAAAAUGAAUUGGCAAAUGAGCUGUAUGCAUCAACCCCUGGCCUCACUAUGAUUAAAGUAAAAGAACAAAUGUUCUAUAAGGUUGGACUUGCAGAUGCUGUGGAUCUGUUUAGAGCCAGAAGAGUGUUUAUUAAAGAUGGCUUUGCCUAUGUGCCACUUAAGGACAUUGAUGCGAUUGUUUUGAAUAACUAUAGAACAAAGUUAUCUAAAGCACUGGCGCUGACAGCACGAUCGCUGCCUUCCAUACAGUCUGACGAGAGACUACAACCUCUACUUAAUCAUCUCAGCCAUUCUUACAUUGGCCCAGAUUACAGCGUGCAAAAGAACACUGGCAAAAUUUCUCUAGAACAGAUCGAUACUCUUUCUGUGAAAUCAUUCCCUCUUUGCAUGCGCCAGUUGCACAAAGCCCUACGCGAUAACCAUCAUCUCCGUCAUGGAGGCCGUAUGCAAUACGGACUGUUCUUAAAAGGCAUUGGCUUGACUCUGGAACAGGCACUGGAAUUUUGGAAGAAAGAAUUUAUCAGAGGAAAAGUGGAUGCAGACAAGUUUGACAAAGGAUAUGCUUACAGCAUUCGCCACAGCUAUGGGAAAGAAGGAAAGAGAACUGAUUAUACCCCAUACAGCUGCAUGAAGAUUAUCAUGUCCAAUCCACCAAGUCAAGGGGAUUAUCACGGGUGCCCAUUCCGCCACAGUGAUCCUGAGCUAUUGAAGCAGAAGCUGCAGUCAUACAAGAUCUCUCCCAGUGGAAUAACUCAGAUCCUGGAAUUGGUGAAGGGCAUGCAUUACCAGCUGGCCUGUCAGAAGUACUUUGAGUUGACGCAUGAUGUUGAUGACAUUGGGUUUUCUUUGAAUCAUCCUAAUCAGUAUUUUACAGAGAGUCAAAGGCUAUUAAAUGGUGGUAGAGAACUGAAGAAGGAACUAAGUAAUUCAGGAAACUCUCAACAAAAAAGUAAUAGUCAGGAAAGCAUGAAUUCAAAUCCUACUCCCACCUCUUCAAAAACACCAGCUGAUGCAGACCUGGAGGAACUGGAGGCAUACUUCACUGAAGACUAAGCAGCUGUGUUAUUUGCUUCUUUCCCUUCUCUAGCUGAAUUUGUCCCUAUACUAAGCAAUAUGCACUUCACGACCUGGAAGACACAGGCUUUUAGUGCUUUGAAUAGGCUGAAGAAAAGAAAGAUAGAUACUGAAGCUGUAAUUGCAUCCAGUACUUAGUCUCGCUGCUUUAGGAUGCUGUUUUACACGGCAUGUUGAAGGAUGGGAAAAUGAAAGUUCCUUCCCAAUUAUUAGGUGAUUUUUGUCUGACUUACAUUUUUGUUUUUCUUCAAAAUGUUUAAAUAUUUUUAUCCCAUUUU